AAGUUAUCCCGGAAUAAGGACAGCACGCAUGUGCCGUCAACCCGGAUGUAGAUAUUUCCGUUAGCUCAUUUCUGUAAAUCUCCAAGUUAUGACAAGCUCACAGUGUAAGGAAGAAUUAAACAGCCGAAUGAAUGUAUCGCGAAGAACUUGAAGUUUAAAUAGAGGCAGACGGCUCAUGUCCUCUUCUUCUGGGUUUCAGCCUCGCAACUGACACACAUAAUGGACUUUCGCGGCAGAAAGCAUGAACGCGGCAGCAACUGGACCGACCCGGAGAUCGUGGAGCUGCUCCAGCUGUGGUCCGACGAGUCGGUCCAGAUUGAACUGGAGAGCUCCCUGCGCAACCAGCGCGUGUUUGACCGCAUUGCUCACAUUUUGCGCGAAAAGGGCAUUUACCGCACAGGGGACCAGUGCAGGGAGAAGAUCAAGAAGAUGAAGCUGGAGUACCGGCGCAUUAAGGACAACCACAAGAUGAGGACGUGGAAGUUCUAUGAUGUCAUGGACAGAGUCCUGGCGAACCGGCCCGCUAUCACCUACUCGUCCCUGGGCGGAGCUGUCGUUGCCCAGAAGGUGUUUCAGAGCUCAGGUGGGCCAGAGGCGUUCCUGCAAGCUGUUCAGGCGGGUUCCUUUGGCCCAGCUUCCUCAGGAGGGUUCUUGUUUGGACACCCACCUAAAGAAGAGGCACUGGACAUUAAAUGUGAGAAUAUUGAGGAAAGCAUGCUGAACUCGGGCGUUGCACCUCCUGAGAUGUACUAUGGUUCUGGAGACGAACAGGAUAGUCCUGAUGGACAGUCUUUGCUGGAGGCAGGAGAUACACCCAGACAGGCAGAGAGCUCAACAAAUCCAAGAGUCUCGCCUUCAGAUUUUAGCGACUUGAACACUGCUGGCUCUACAACAGCUGCCCCCCAAGGUGAUCCUGUGGCGCAAGAAAUGUCUGAGCAGCCCAGUAAGGAAGGUUUCCAUGCAUCGAGCUCUGUGAGACACAGGAAGCGCCGUCGAGGCGGCAGAACCUCAUGGGAUCGUGUGAGUGGUCAGGGGAGCCUGGGUAAAGCCCUGGUCAGCUUUCUGAACUGGCAGCAGUCUGCGGAGGAGCGCCUUCUCUCCUUGGAGGAGGCGCAGCUGGAGCGAGAGUGGCAGGCCGAGGAGCGAAGGGGACAGCGAGAGGAGAGGAGGGCGGAACACGAGCGCCAGCAUGAGCUCCAGCUGUUCAGCAUGCUCACCGGGGCCUUGUUCGCCACCAGGCAGGGGGCUCCCACCACAGCACCAACAGAUUCCUCCGUCUCACCCUCGGCUCAUCUCUCAGCUUCUCAGACAGUCACAGCCACUCCUCCUGUGUCAUCUUCUUCACCACAGCCGCUCCCAGAAGCUCCCGCAAAGCAGGUGAUCUCCACAGAGGAGACAACAAAGUCGCAGCCCACACCUGCCACGGCCUGCAAGAUGUCACAGAAAGUUUUGCCCACACUGAGAGGGGCAGAGAUGCCAGGCCGAAGUGUGUACCUGUCAAACCGUGGCAACAGCAUUCGACAGCAUCGAGGCAUUCUGCAGGAGGGCUCCAUUCAAUACGCAAUGAGCAAAUACCACAGCAUGGACAACCCUGAUGGAAUAAUCAACUUGGGUACCAGUGAGAACAAACUAUGCUACGACCUCCUUCAUGCACGACUGACCAAGCCUGACAUGCUCCACGUUGAGCCUUCUUUGCUGGAGUAUUCGGACUGGACAGGACACUCUUUCCUCAGAGAGGAAGUUGCAAGGUUCCUGACUCGGUACUGCUGCUCUCCGAAGCCGCUGAAGGCCGACAAUGUUGUGGUGACGAAUGGCUGCAGUUCCCUCUUUUCAUGUAUAUCUGCAGUAAUUUGUGAUCCUAAAGAUGCAAUUCUUAUUCCCACUCCCUUCUAUGGUGUUAUCACUGAAGAUCUGGAUUUGUAUUGUGGCGUUAAACUCUUCCAUGUUCCUCUUGAUUGUGAGGCUGAAGGCAAAGACAGCCAGCCGUUCCAGCUCACUGUGGAGAAACUGGAAGAAGGUCUAAAAAGAGCUAAACAAGAGGGUCUGAUCAUCCGGGCCAUUAUUCUGAUGAACCCCCACAAUCCUCUGGCUGAAAUCUACACUCAGAAAGAAAUGACUGUCUUCUUGGAGUUUGCCAAAAGACAUGAGCUGCACGUCAUCGUAGACGAGGUGUACAUGCUGACGGUCUUUGAUGAAUCUGUCACCUUUCACAGUGUCCUCAGUCUAGAUAGUCUGCCUGACCCACAGAGGACGCAUGUGAUGUGGGGGAUGAGUAAGGACUUUGCAAUGUCAGGGAUCAGAAUAGGCACUCUGUAUACUGAGAACAGAGACGUCGUGGAGGCUUUGGCUCAGCUGGGCUCCUUUCAUGGUAUUCCUGGAACUUUGCAGCACCAGGUGGCACAGCUGCUUCAGGACAGAGAAUGGAUCGACAAUGAAUUUUUACCUGAAAACAGACGGAGGCUGAAAACUGCCCACAACUUUGUGACUGGAGAGCUGCACAGCAUAGGCAUCCCCUUCCUGAACAGACCUGCUGCUCUGUUUGUCUGGGCUGACUUCAGACAGUAUCUCCGGGAGUCAUCGUUUGAGGAGGAGCUGCGUCUGUGGAGGUGUUUCCUCCGACACAAAGUCCUGGUGAGCUGCGGCCAGGCGUUCUCCUGCUCCACACCUGGAUGGUUUCGGAUUAUCUUUGCAGAUCACCAGCACCACCUUCAGCUUGGCCUACAACGAAUUCAGGAGGCUUUGAAGGAAACUGAAGACAAAAGUGCUAGUGCUGUGACACGCUCAAUCAGAAGAACUGUUGACAUGAGCAAGAACCCAGUAAAAGAGGAGCGUGCCGGACCAGACAACGCUGUGAUUGUCAAUUCAACAUCAUCGCCUCACAGCAAGUCGUCAGAGCAGCUGAAGGAGAGGGAUAGUCCUGUGCUUGACACGGGCUCUGUUUCUCCCGAGGAGUUGGUUUUGCUGGACUGCCAAGCGUCAAAGCCUGCAGAGAGUCUGGACUCACUUAUUGGAACUCUCAGGAAUCAGAUCCAUUCCUCUGAUUGGCUGGAGAAAAACACUCCAGAGCUGUCUGCCGGGGAGGACCCAGAGAUUCUUGAUGUGUUCAAGGCCCUGCUGCAAAGAGCCAGAAAGUAAGCUUGAAGAUAAACGAGCACAAAUGUAGCCAACAAAAUGUCCUCUGUUGUGUGAUAAAAAGCCAAACACAAAUGCUGCACAAAAAGUGACUCAUCAGAGAUUAUGAUAAGGAGUAAAGAAAA